AUGGUCCCAUUUUGGAGAAUACCGGGAGUACAUUGCUCCGCAGGAGAGCCGAUAAAUUCUAUCACGGCUAGAUUCCGACGAGUACACCCGGCCCCAUUCCCCAAUCACCCACGUAAACUCACUUUUGAGAUGGUUCAGCUGAUUCUCAAGACCCUGGACGAGUUUCGUGUUUCAAGGGGGAAUAUACGUUCUAUAUCCUUUAGACGGUGUCCCUUCCACGAAUUAUGGAGCAAUGUUGUCAAGAAUGAAGCUUGCAGUUGGAAAGACGGGACAAGUAAGAGCUCAGAGACGAGUCUUGAUGUCUCCCUCGAGGUAUGGUACUUCGAGAUCUUGCGGACGCACUCAAGAACGGACCAGGAGAAUGAGGGACCGCUGACUCCGUCGAUCCAGUUCCAUAGCCUCAUACAGAAGGCCAGCACUCAAGGCCUACAUCACAGCAGCCGGGAGUCAAUAGACUACCUACUAGUCCCGCUCCUUAGCUCAAUAAUAGAACAAGAGUCUACAGAACGGAGACGGAGAUUGAAGCGCAAGCAACAACAACCUAAAACAUCAUUCUUAGCAAAUUGCGUGAUGACAAGAUGCGGUGAGAUACCGUUGGGAGACGUAGCAUUGGCGGAUGAUCAAGGCCCGACAAGCCCGAAAAUACGUGAACCAGACGUCAUCAUCGCCCAGCGAAAGACCUGGCUCACCCCCGCCUUAGCCAAGCGAGGGGCCCCGAGUCAGCAGCCAUCGGAGCAGGCCCUUCGGAGCAGAUAUACCUGA